CCCUAGCCAGUGCAGAGCAAGCUGCUGGUUAAAGCACAGCAAUAGCACUGAUCGCACUGGCAACUUUUUGUAUUGGAGCUCACGACCACAGAGAACGACAAGAGAGGAGCAAGCUAAAGCAUUUUAAAUGGCAAAUAUUGUCACAUCAGCCUGCUGUGUGAUGCUCGCUGCAGUGGUGGUUGUGUAUGCACAGAGGCGCAGCCAACAGGGAGCGAGAAUCCAGUAUGAGAAAAUUGGAAGUGAUGUAACCAUGCAGUGUGGCACAUUAGACAACGAUGCCUCCGUGACGUGGAAAGUGAACGGUACCGACGUGAAACGGGAAAAAGUGGAGGAAGGCCCAAGGCUGAUCCUGAAAGGGGCCAACAUAAGCGAUAAUGGAUUCUACAGCUGCUUCGAGAAUCCACACGGAGACCGGAGGGAUCAAAUUACGCUCCGUGUGGGAAGUCCUCCAAAGGAACCCACAGUGACAUGCCGAUCUAACACUUACCCGAAUGGAUUCUACUGCAGUUGGCACCUCCAGCACACAACGAACAUCCCCACAGAUUUUGAAGUCCACGUUAAACAUGGUGACAGUGUUCUUCAAGUGCAAAGAGACCCUGUCCACAAGAACCGGUGUCAUGUGAAAUUCCCCGAGUUGUUCUCCCCCAUGAAGUACAGAGUGAACGUCACUGCAAUCAAUGCUCUGGGAAAAUCUUCCAAUGCAAUAUUGUUUGAAGAGUCUGCAAUAGUUAAACCUGACCCUCCUGAAAAGGUUUCAGCCAGGCCUGUCAUCAACAAUGCACGGCGAUUGGAAGUCUCCUGGAAGAGCCCAUCCACAUGGCCAGAGGUGGACAAUUUCCCCCUGAAGUAUUUUCUCCGGUACAGGCCUUUGAUCCUUGACCAGUGGCAACAUGUGGAGCUCUCAGAAAGUACCUCCCACACCAUCACAGAUGCUUACGCAGGAAAAGAAUACAUCAUCCAAGUGGCUGCCAAGGACACUGAGAUUGGAACCUGGAGCGACUGGAGUGUAGCCAUUCAUGCUACCCCUUGGAUGGAGCAGCCUGUACAGAUUACUUCCACCACAGAAGCAGAAUCCAUUGCUGAAACAACCCCAUCCCCAGCUCCAGCAUCAGCAGAGCCCCGACUGGGAAACCCUCUGGGUGGCUCUUCGUCAUUGGCGUGGUCAGCCAGUCUCCUUGUUGCCUCUGUCGUCAUCUCUCUUAUGUGAUAUCUGUGUUGCAUUCCUGUGGAACAAAUUGAGAAAAGUCUUCUAUUUCUAUUUUGCACAUGUUUAAAUGGAUAUCGUGCAUUGAUUCUUUAAUUAAGUUUCUCACAAAGAAUGUAAAAAGUGUAAAAAAUGAAGAAAACUUUCUAAACAAAAACUACACAGAGACAGGACUGAACCUAAGGGAAGCAAAAGAAUUAUGGAGCCAGGUUAUUAAAAAUACAUUGUACACUAAACAUCAGCACAAGGAAGAAGUUUUUCUUUUUUGGCCACACGUUUUGGAAAAACACCUGAAUACAAGUAGCUUGGUACUGUACGUACACUUCACAGCUACAUACAGCUAACUCAUCAUGCCAAAGACUUACCCCGGAAACCGUUUACCCAUAAUCCUCAGCUUUCCACAACCCUGUGCCUGUGUAGUGAGGACAAAUCCCAAACUAACACAACUUGGAGACAGCUGUCAGUGUUGCAGUAUCUAUGGAAACAGGACUAACAUUUUUUAAAUGAUAUUUUCCUUUAUUUUUUUUUCAGAUAUGAGCCCAGUUAUCAUAACGGAGUUCUUAUACUAAUGGUGUUUAAAACAAUUAGGUUUUAUGUGCCUGAUGUGGACUGCAUUUUUUUUUUACUAAGAAGCAAUAUAUUUUAGUCCAUUCAUUACAAAAUUGUAAGGUGCUUCAACAUAGCUUAUUUUGCUUUGAAUCCUGAUAGAAGCUAGUCUUUUUUUCCAUUGCCUUUACAAAAGCAUCUUACAUUAUGUUUUAAUUGCAGAUUCCAUAAUUUAAUAUUAUGUUAUUCAAGGAAUAUUGUUGUGCUCUAUGUAUUUGUUUAUUAUUAAAUAAAAUAUACAUAUAGGAUCUUAGUUUUUACAGGCAUAUAUAAGUGCAUAAUUCCCCUGAUCAUAUUUUGUAAACUAUGAUACGUAUCUUUAACAUGAAAAGUUUAUUAUUUAAUAAUGUAUGUAUUAGCUUUAGAUUCUUGUAACAUGUAUCAGAAUUUUUUAUAGAUGUAUAUAAAAGGAGCAGUUGUCCAUUAAAUGUGACCAUUUCACAAUGAUCA